AUGGAAACUGCUACCAGGAAGAAUCUCCUCAUUACUUCCACGAAGCAAGCAAUUUUCUUGAAUGAAUUGUUGGAAGCAAAAGACAAGGAAGAAAAAUCACACAAAAAAAUUGCCCCAUUUUCUUAUAAAAUAAAAGUGAACAUUCUUUCAAGAUAACAUGUCAAAUCUGAAAUUUUUAACCAUCAUCAUUAUUAUUUUUUAUUACUAAUUAGAUCACAACACAACGUUCGUGUUUUGUAUCCUUAUGCUUUUACUAUUUUAGGGUCUCUAGUGAUGAGUUACCUACCACCAACAACUACUCCUGG